AUGUUUAAAAAGAUACUGAUCGCAAACAGAGGCGAAAUCGCUCUCCGUAUUGUCAGGACUUGUAAGGAAAUGGGAAUCAAAACGGUUGCAGUUUAUUCUACUGCUGACCGAGAAAGCUUACACGUUCGUUUUGCGGAUGAAGCAGUUUGUAUUGGUCCUCCAUCUUCCGCAGAGUCCUACCUUAAUAUUCCAAAAAUUAUGGCUGCUGUCGAAAUCACCAAUGCGGAUGCUAUCCAUCCAGGCUAUGGUUUUUUGGCAGAAAAUGCAGACUUCGCAGAAGUCUGUGCCGAAUACGGCAUUAAGUUUAUCGGCCCUACUCCUUCUCAGAUAAGAAAGAUGGGCGAUAAAAUUACGGCUAAAGAUACCAUGAUCAAAGCUGGUGUACCCGUAGUACCUGGUUCUGAUGGUCUCUUAACUGAUUUGAAACCGGGGCUAAAAAUUGCUGCGGAUAUUGGAUAUCCCGUCAUCCUUAAGGCAACUGCUGGUGGUGGUGGUCGUGGAAUGCGGAUAGUAUGGGAACCCGAUGAAUUCAAGAAAAACUGGGAAAAAGCGCGACAGGAAGCUGGAGCUGCUUUUGGUAAUGAUGGAAUCUACGUAGAGAAAUUUAUAGAAGAACCUCGACAUAUUGAAUUUCAAAUUGCCGGAGACCAACAUGGCAAUGUGGUACACCUUUCUGAAAGAGAUUGCUCCAUUCAACGAAGGCACCAAAAAUUAGUAGAAGAAUCUCCUUCUCCAUUUAUGACCAAAGCUUUGCGUAAAAAAAUGGGAGAGGCUUCCAUUCUUGCAGGGAAAGCGAUUAAUUAUGAAGGGGUAGGAACGGUAGAAUACUUGGUAGACAAACAUAAGAAUUUCUACUUUAUGGAAAUGAACACCCGAAUCCAGGUGGAACAUACCGUAACGGAAGAGGUGAUUGAUCAUGACUUGAUCAAAGAGCAAAUUAAAAUUGCGGCAGGAGAUACUAUUUCUGGCAAAAACUAUAUUCCUACCAUGCACGCCAUUGAGUGUCGAAUCAAUGCAGAAGAUCCUUUUAUGGAUUUUCGACCAAGCCCUGGGAAGAUCACUUCUUUUCAUAGUGCGAAAGGGCAUGGGGUUCGGGUAGAUACGCAUGUGUAUGCUGGCUAUACCGUACCGCCUCAUUAUGAUUCGAUGAUUGCCAAACUCAUCUGCAGAGCCCAGACUCGCGAAGAAUGUAUUAAGAAAAUGGAAAGGGCGCUAGAUGAAUUUAUUAUCGAAGGCAUCAAGACCACGGUUCCUUUUCAUCAAAUGCUGAUGAAAAACGAAGAAUUUAAAAAAGGAGAUUUCAAUACUGGAUUUUUGACGACCUUUGAUUUUGAAACGGGGCAAAGAAUUCAGCCCAAAGAAGAAGAGACGAAAGAAGAGAAAUAG